CAAACCCGACGUGAUCCAAAAUAAAGUCACCCCCACAUAUAGCCAACCUCCCCACUGCCCCCUUGCUUUCACCUCCAUCUCCUCCCACCGCCACCCAAAAAUGGCUACAUCCCCCUUACUCCUCCUCACCCUCCUCCUCUCUGCUCAACUCUUCACCUCCACUCUCUCACGUACCUUACCAGAAACCACCACAAUGGAACUCGACAUCUCCUCCGCUCUCCAACAAGCCCAACAUAUCCUAUCCUUCGAUCCUGAAGUCGUAAACCCCUUUACACAACAGCAAGAGGCAGAGAACCCAUCUUCUUCAUUCUCCCUUCAGCUUCACCACCGCGACUCCUUGCAUAAGACCCAACACAAGGACUACAAAAGUCUAGUCCUUUCUCGGCUCGCUCGGGACUCCGCCAGAGUGGAUGCCCUCACCACCAGGAUCCGCCUCGCCCUUGAUAAUGUUACCGGAUCGGAGCUCCAACCUAUCCCCACCGAGAUCCAACCUGAGGAAUUAUCCACUCCCGUGGUUUCCGGAACAAGCCAGGGCAGCGGGGAGUACUUCUCCCGUGUCGGAGUCGGCAGCCCGACUAAACAGUUCUACAUGGUUCUAGACACCGGAAGUGAUAUUAACUGGAUCCAAUGCGAGCCCUGCUCCGACUGCUACCAACAGUCCGACCCGAUAUUCAACCCGAGUGCAUCUUCCACGUACAGCCCGCUCUCGUGCCAGUCCCAGCAGUGUGGGUCUCUCGACGUGUCUCAAUGCCGCAGCGGGAGGUGUCUCUACCAAGUGUCGUACGGAGACGGAUCUUACACCGUCGGCGAUUUCGUGACGGAAACGGUUUCGUUUGGUAACUCCGGUGACAUAAAGGGAAUCGCGUUGGGUUGUGGACAUGAUAACGAAGGAUUGUUCGUCGGAGCUGCCGGAUUGCUUGGGCUCGGAGGUGGGUCGUUGUCCUUGACGAAUCAGAUUAAAGCGACAUCAUUUUCUUACUGCUUGGUAGACCGCGAUUCAAGCGGGUCGUCAAGUUUGGAUUUCAACUCGGCGCUACCCAGAGGGUCGGUGACGGCUCCCCUGUUGAAAAACCGAAAGGUCGACACGUUUUACUACGUGGGUCUCACCGGAUUCAGCGUCGGCGGCCAGAUGGUUCAAAUCCCACCGUCACUAUUCCAAAUGGACGAUUCAGGAAACGGCGGCAUCAUCGUCGAUUGCGGAACCGCCAUAACCCGGCUCCAGACACAAGCGUACAACUCAUUACGCGACGCCUUCGUGAAGCUGACUCAGCACCUGCCGUCAACUAACGGGGUGGCGCUAUUCGACACCUGCUACGAUCUCUCUUCAAAGACCAGCGUGACCGUACCCACAGUCGCUUUCCACUUCUCCGGUGGACAGUCCCUAGGUUUACCAGCAAAGAACUACCUUAUCCCGGUGGACUCCGCCGGCACGUUCUGCUUCGCGUUCGCGCCGACGUCCUCAGCACUGUCAAUCAUCGGGAACGUCCAACAGCAAGGGACACGUGUCACCUUCGACGUGGCCAAUAAUCGAAUAGGAUUCUCUCCUAGAAAUUGCUAGGAAAAAUCUCAAAAUUUGGUGAAUUACCCUUUUAUCCCUGAUAAGCAAGGUUAAUUUCAAUCUAGACCAUAGUGUUAUUAUUAUUAUUAUUUAUUAGGGUGAUUUGAGAAAUUGAAAAAUGACAGGUGAGGUGGGUCCAAGGUGGAAGGGAGAAAUUGGUCCACUUCUAAAUAAACGGUGAAGAAGCCUUGUAGUAUUAAGUAGAGAGUGAGAUUUGCAGUAUUUUGUUUUUUUGUGUGGGAAGACAGGUUAGUGGGUGUAUAGUAAUUUAAGUUCAAAGUUGAGGGGGCAAAGUAAAGCCAGACUUGUUGAACUGAACUGUUACGUAACUAAAGUUGAGUUUGUUUGUUAACGAAGGAUGAAAUGACAUCCCCAAAGUUUUUUAAAGUUUUAAUUGAGAAUCAAAAGGCUUGCAUGUG